GGGCCGGGCUGCGUGCGGGGCGGGGAUGGCGCCGUGCGGGGCUGGCUGCGGGGCUGGCUGCUGCUCGCUGCUGCCCGGGGAGCCGGGCAGCGGUUAGGGUGACCCCUCGGCCCCGUUGCGACUGUCGCUGGGUGUCACGCAGGCUCGGGGCUUUCCACGCGAGAGAAAGGAGCGGGGCGGCCGGGGCACGAUGAUUGAAACACUCGUAACUACUGAGGCUCAGGAGCUGCGGUACCAGCUGACAGCCCUGCUGGAACAGGAGCUGAGGUGUCAGCCAAAGGCCUCUGGCCUGAGACUGAUUGAAUCUGCCCAUGAUAAUGGCCUCCGCAUGACUGCAAGGCUUCGGGACUUUGAAGUGAAAGAUCUCCUCAGCUUAACUCAAUUCUUUGGCUUUCAUACAGAGACAUUUUCACUAGCUGUGAAUUUCUUGGAUAGAUUCUUGUCAAAAAUGAAGAUACAGCCUAAAUACUUGGGCUGUGUUGGACUCAGCUGCUUCUACUUGGCUGUGAAGGCAUCAGAAGAAGAGAGAAAUGUUCCCUUAGCCACUGACUUAAUUCGAAUAAGCCAGUAUAGGUUCACUGUUUCUGAUAUGAUGAGAAUGGAGAAAAUUGUAUUGGAGAAGCUGUGUUGGAAAGUCAAAGCUACAACAGCCUUCCAAUUCCUACAACUUUAUCAUUCACUCUUUCAUGAGAAUUUAAGCUGUGAAAGGAGAAAAUACCUUAAUUUUGAGAGACUUGAGACCCAGCUGAAGGCAUGUCACUGUAGAAUCAUGUUUUCUAAAGCCAAGCCUUCUGUCUUGGCACUGUCUAUUUUGGCACUGGAGAUGGAAGAACAAAAACUGCUGGAAUUGACGGAAGCAUUGGAAUUUCUGCAGCUGCAUUCCAAGAUAAACAGCAGAGAUUUGACCUUCUGGAAGGAACUGGUGUUGAAAUGCCUCACAGAAUAUUCCUCAAGCAAGUGUUCCAAACCAAACGUCCAGAAACUAAAAUGGAUUGUGUCUGGGCGAACAGCACGGCAGCUUAAACACAGCUACUACAGAAUAACACAUCUUCCUACAAUUCCAGAGACCAGCUCAUAAUAGGAGUACCAUAAAACGAGGAGAGAACCAUGGUGUGACCUUGUCAAGAGACAUAGGAAUAUUUGAGAAACUAAGCCUGAAACAUGAUCUUAAUAAUGAAGAACUCAACUCAUGGAGAUAUGUAACAUUUUCGACUAAAGAUGCUUCCAGCAAAUGUGUUCUUUUCAUGAUGAUUACAACAACAUUUAGUGUCAGUUCUCAGUCUUAAGACUCUUUACUGUUCAGUGAAAUACCACACUACCAAUAUAAGAAAUUUUAACACCAUAUAGUUUGUAGAGCAGCUUUUGUAGUCUUAACCUUGGGUUAAUAUGACUGCAGGUUCACUCCAAAGAUGACAUGACAUGAGGAAAACAUCAUGUGCAGUAGCACAGUGCUGUAGUGUCCCAGUCAAACUAGACUAAUCCUGCUCAAUAUUGAUGACAAAAGCAAAUGCCAGUCAGUCCACCUGACAUGCUGUUUGGGGAGUGUCAUGUGUCUGCAUUUUCCUGCUGGGCAGGGCACUGGCCUUCUACUGUAGAUGCCCAUUAAAAAGUAGGCUGUGAAACCCCACUGAAAAUGUCAAGGAGCUAGAGAAGAAAAGAGAAACCCUAUUUCACUGGCUUGUAGUCACUAACUCAGCAUCAGUAACUUCAGUAUUUUGUAAGAGGUGCAGUUUACUGAGCUUAUUUCCUCAAGUGUAAAAAUUGAAUGAUACAUAAGGAAAGCUGCUGAAGUUUUCCGAAGUUUCACUGUAGAAGAGGUAAAUGCUGAUGCUGCACAGAUGCAUUUUUACAGGUACAGUAGGAGCAGGGCUAAUGCCUUAUCUUGGCCCUUGUGUGACAAAUACUGAAGGUUGCUUCAUCUCUGAUCUCUUUAAUGGUAAGCUUAGUAAAAUGCAACUGUUUUUUCUGAAGACCAGAUCAGUACUUGAGGCCUGUCAUGCUUCCGGUGCUAAUAAGUAAGUGAAUGGUAAGAAUGUGUGAUUGUAUGUAAGGUGAACAGAUCUUCAGGGGGGAGUGUUGCUAAUGACCUCUUGAAUUCUGUGUCCCUUUGGAACAGAUGCUGUUAGUGAUAGACUUAAUAAUUGGUGGCCACAUGAACUGACUUAGGGGAGGAGAUCAGAAUGUUCUGACCACAAUGUGGACUUAAAUAUUAGCCAACCAAUUGUCCCCUUUAUGGUAGCAGCUGAGGGGGAAACCAUUCUUUGCGUAUCUCAAACUAGUUCAGCCUUUCAGAGACAACUUCAUACCAAAGCACUAUACUGGACAAAUAAUCAAGCCUUGCCAUGAACUCAUGGGAGUGACUGCACAGCAUAAUAAUGAGGUUUUGCAUCUGCCAGUGCUGUCUGUGCAUUGCCCUGGCCUUGGAAAAGCCUGCUAAGAGAAAAGGACAAAGGUGUAGUCAGCCUGCUGGGGGAUACGGAGAAGAUGCAAUGUGGAUUUUUAAUGGUGUUGUCAUCUUACUAAGAUAUGUACCUUUCAAUUAAAGAUUGAAAUGUGCUUAACUGA